AAACAUGGCCGCCACGAAAGUGGGAUGUGAACAUUAUGUUCGCAGCUGUUUAUUAAAAGCUCCCUGCUGUGGGAAAUUUUAUGUUUGCAGACUCUGUCAUGAUGCAGAAGAGACCCAUCAAAUGGACCGGUUUAAGGUCCAAGAGGUCAAAUGUGCAGUUUGCAAUACUAUUCAAGAGGCUCAACAGAUAUGUAAAGAGUGUGAAGUGAAGUUCGGAGAAUAUUACUGUGACAUUUGCCAUCUAUUUGACAAAGACAAGAAGCAGUACCACUGCCAGCCCUGUGGGAUAUGCAGGAUUGGUCCAAGAGAGAAAUACUUCCAUUGUACGAAGUGUAAUUUAUGUUUAGGUACUGAGCUAAAAGACAAGCACAAGUGUGUUGAGAACGUCUCCAGGCAGAACUGUCCCGUUUGCAUGGAGGACAUCCACACGUCCAGAGUUGGAGCUCACGUUCUGCCAUGCGGUCAUCUGCUGCACGGAACCUGCUUUGAUGACAUGUUGAAAACUGGUGCGUAUCGCUGUCCUCUCUGUAUGCACUCGGCCUUCAACAUGAAGGAGUACUGGAAGCAGAUGGAUGAGGAAAUCUCCCAGACUCCAAUGCCCACUGAGUACCAGGACAGUACAGUCAAGAUCAUAUGCAAUGACUGUCAGGCUCGCAGCACCGUCUCCUUUCACGUGUUGGGCAUGAAGUGCAGCAGUUGUGGCUCUUAUAACACAGCUCAGGACGGAGGGCUAAUGGGAACUCCUGCUGCAAACACACAGACGCUUCCGGAGGAGCCCGAUGCCGAGCAGCACCACUGAAACUCCCAGAUAAGCUUUUACUGGCACAGAGAUACAACGUU